CGCCGCCUCACCGAGCGAGAGCCAUGGCCGGCCUCGGUCACCCCGCCGCCUUCGGCCGGGCCACCCACGCCGUGGUGCGGGCUCCGCCCGAGUCCCUGUGUCGCCACGCGCUGAGGCGCUCCCAGGGCGAAGAGGUGGAUUUCGCUCGCGCCGAGCGCCAGCACCAGCUCUACGUGGACGUGCUGGGCAGCAAGCUGGGGCUGCAGGUGGUGCAGCUGCCGGCCGACGAGAGCCUGCCCGACUGCGUGUUCGUGGAGGACGUGGCCGUGGUGUGCGAGGACACCGCCCUCAUCACCCGCCCCGGGGCGCCCAGCCGCAGGAAGGAGGUUGAUAUGAUGAAAGAGGCUUUGGAGAAACUUCAGCUCAACAUAGUAGAGAUGAAAGAUGAGAAUGCAACCUUAGAUGGCGGUGAUGUCCUGUUCACAGGCAGAGAAUUUUUUGUGGGUCUUUCCAAGAGGACAAAUCAACGAGGUGCAGAAAUCUUGGCUGACACUUUUAAGGACUACGCGGUCUCCACAGUCCCUGUGGCGGAUACUCUGCACCUGAAGAGUUUCUGCAGCAUGGCCGGGCCCAACCUGAUUGCAAUAGGGUCCAGUGAACCUGCGCAGAAGGCCCUCAAGAUCAUGCAACAGAUGAGUGACCAUCGUUACGACAAGCUCACUGUGCCUGACGACAUGGCCGCCAACUGUAUAUAUCUCAAUAUCCCUGACAAAGGGCACGUCUUGCUGCACCAAACCCCUGAAGAGUACCCAGAAAGUGCAAAGGUUUACGAGAAGCUGAAGGACUAUCUACUGAUCCCUGUGAGCAAUUCGGAAAUGGAAAAGGUGGACGGCCUGCUCACCUGCUCUUCCAUUUUUAUUAACAAGAAGACAGAGUCCUGAGCCCGAGAGCCCCUCCCCGGUGGCCAGCAAGGUGGCCAGGCCAGGCUGAUGGCUCUGUGCCAAUUCCUCCUGUUUUCCUUGACAAUCUACUGCGCCACUGUGCUACUAACUCUUGUUUACAGAAAACAAAACUAAUUCCGAUUUUAACUGCUUAAUUUCCCACGCCCUCCCUCACCUCACGGUGGUACCUACCUAACCUGUGGAUUUCCAAAUAGAUUAAGCGACCUAGAAAAUACAGAAUUAACAAAUUAUUAAAAGAAUGUGAUUAAUCGUGUGGAAGCACUCA